GGAAAAGGAAGGAAAGAAAGGAGAAAGAAGAAGAAAUGAAGCUUCCACAACCAACUACAAUUCCCUUUCUAGAUGCAGCUUUUAGUUGCCAAGGAGUUACAAGAUCCCUUUGCGUACUGUUCCAAAUCCGAGACUACUUUUGCUGAUACACAGUUUGACAUGUCUGUUAUAUCUUCCCUGAAACCUCCUCUUGAUUUUUCUUGUACUCUCCAUCCCCAAAUGAUGGAAAACCGAGAAGACUCUGCUUUUGGUUUUGUUGUUUGCCACUUGAUCCUUGACAGUUUUGACUUUGGGAGUACUGUCAUUAAAGUGACAAAAUCUAGCGUUGAAACAGUGUGGGACUUUUUUCUUGACACUCCUUGGAUUUGAAGCAUGUAAGCAAGACAGUCUGGUUGUCCUCUCCCGAUAAAUGUAAACUAUUUAUGAGAAAUCAAAGAUGAAUUUGGAGCAGGAGAGGCCUUUUGUCUGCAGUGCCCCAGGCUGCUCGCAGCGUUUUCCAACAGAAGAUCAUUUGAUGAUUCACAGGCACAAACAUGAAAUGACUUUGAAGUUUCCUUCACUUAAAACAGAUAACAUGCUGUCAGACCAAACUCCGACACCAACCCGAUUCCUAAAGAACUGUGAGGAAGUGGGCCUCUUCAACGAUAUAGACUGCUCCUUAGAGCAUGAGUUUAGAAAGGCACAAGAAGAAGAGAACAAUAAAAGGAAUAUUUCAAUGCAUAACUCUGUUGGAGGAGCUAUGGCAGUACCUGGGACACAUCAGCUCUCAAAACCAAGGAUGCCAAACCAUGACACCAGCAUUGUGAUACAGCAAGCCAUGCCAUCCCCCCAGUCAAGUUCAGUCAUCACACAAGCACCUUCCACAAAUCGGCAGAUUGGGCCUGUUCCAGGCUCACUAUCUUCAUUACUGCACCUGCACAACCGGCAACGACAGCCCAUGCCUGCAUCUAUGCCUGGGACUUUGCCGAAUCCUACCAUGCCUGGAUCCUCUGCAGUGUUGAUGCCUAUGGAACGACAAAUGUCAAUGAACUCCAAUAUUAUGGGAAUGCAAGGCCCAAACCUCAAUAAUCCAUGUGCUUCACCACAAGUCCCUCCGAUGCACUCUGAAGCCAAAAUGAGGUUGAAGGCAGCAUUGACUCAUCAUCCUGCAGGAAUGUCAAAUGGAAAUAUGAACACCAUGGGCCAUAUGAUGGAAAUGAUGAGCUCCCGACAAGACCAGACUGCCCACCAUCAUAUGCACUCACAUCCACAUCAGCAUCAGACACUUCCACCUCAUCAUCCAUACCCACACCAGCAGCAUCAGCAUCCAGCACACCAUUCUCAUCCUCAAGCACAUCACCAGCAGAACCAUCCACACCACCACUCUCACUCACACCUGCAUGCACACCCAACACAUCAUCAGACCUCGCCACAUCCGCCACUGCACACAAGCGGGCAAGCACAGGUAUCAGCAGCAGCCCAACAGAUGCAGCCCACACAGACAAUACAACCGCCUCAGCCCACUGGGGGUCGGCGAAGGAGAGUGGUGGAUGAAGACCCAGACGAGAGGCGGCGGAAAUUUCUGGAACGAAACCGAGCAGCUGCCACACGCUGCAGACAGAAGAGGAAGGUCUGGGUGAUGUCACUGGAAAAGAAAGCAGAAGAACUCACCCAGACAAAUAUGCAGCUCCAGAACGAGGUUUCCAUGUUGAAAAAUGAAGUAGCACAGCUGAAACAGUUGUUGUUAACACAUAAAGACUGUCCGAUAACAGCCAUGCAGAAAGAAUCACAAGGAUACCUAAGUCCAGAAAGCAGUCCACCUGCUAGUCCUGUCCCACCCUGCUCCCAGCAACAAGUCAUCCAACAUAACACCAUUACGACUUCCUCAACUGUCAGUGACGUCGUAGGAAGCUCAACCCUCAGUCAGCUUGCAAGUCACAGAACAGAUCUGAAUCCAAUCCUUUAAAACCCAUUAGUGAGGAACUGCAAUGGGGAAAAAAGUGAUAGAUCAGAUUCCCUCUCUGUUCAAAGCAGUGUUGCUCUUUCAAAGAUAUCUCAGAACUAAGAGACUCUUCAGCCCCUAGAAAGACUAUGAGCUCCAUUUUUAUAGUUAUUAAAAUGUCUUUUAUACUUAGUAAUAAUAAAGGGAGUUAUGCAAUGACUAUGCUAUCAGCUUGGGAGAUACUUUGGUGCUUUUUCCAGUUUCCUGGUACCAGCUGUUUGUUUGUUUUGUUUGUUUGUUUGUUUGUUUGAACCAAAAUCUUCCUGUACAUAGUCAUCUUCUUUCUUAUUUUUGCCGGCUGAACCAAGAGAAACAUAUACUGCUGAAAUGAGGCAUAAGAAAUAUUAAACAGCCAUACACAAGCAACUAAGCAUACUUGGGCUAUAAAUACAUGGAAGAAGUGUGGUAGACAUCAUAAUACGUACGUUUGUCAUGUAAAAGCACCAAGGCCUCCAAUACAUUUAUAGCCUUAUGUACCAGUUUUGAAAAAUGUGUCCAUGUUCUACAUACCUAUUAUCAGGGCGGGGUGGGGGUAAUGGUAGGAUGCCCCAUUGGGCCUCCUCUCCAUCUCUACCCCCUUUAUCUAAGCCGUUUAUAUUCUGAAAUUUUGUGUUUGUAAAAUUUCACUUGGAAUUGAAUAUGUUGUGACAUAGACUUUAAAUUCUUGAAAAUUUUCUCUCUCAUUCUCUAUGUCUGUCUCUGAUAUUUUGGUGAAAAGCGGGCUUCCUUACCCAACAUAACCAUAACCAAUAAGAAAAACAUUUGUAAACAUUUCAGAUAUUAAUGCUUCAGGUGAUAGAAACAUUGUGCCUGCAUGGUCAUCUGCCACUCUCUAAGAGAGCCUGACAAAGUUACCUUUUGAAAUAGAACUCCCAGAUACUCCCAUGUUAGCUAAAGAAUUAUGGGAAUUGUAGUCCAACAGUUAGUUUUUUCCAGAUCUGUUCUCUAAAUGUUAUUGUAUCCACAAACCCUUCACUUGCCUACCACCAUGAUGCCCCUGUAUAAAUGGAACAUUAAUUUAAAGUUGCAACAUGCAUACUUUUAAUAGUGCAUCUUUUUUGAACUGGAGUUUUCUGUCUCUUUCAAACGUGAUCCAAUCUCCUCCCUCUUUCCCUUUGCACUGCAUAUUUGUCUCUUUCCCCUAAAAUAUCUUGACUGUCCUUCAUAUAAAAACUUUCACUCCUAAUUUCCGGCUGCUUGCACAAUUUCCCUUAACAUUCAACACUAAUGUUGAAGGAAAGCCUUCAGGCUCACCAGCCAUUUGCCCAGAAACAGCUGGCUUGGCCACUGUUUUCAAUAGCCACAUUCACAGCUGUGCUGGAUUUUUACUUUUUCCCCCUAAAAAAAGAGAGACAUAAAAGUUUCUUUUAAAAAAUUGCACACUUUUUAUGAUCCUGAGUUAGUGUUUUUCAUAAAUAGUAAAAGUUAAAAGCAGUUUAACCACAGGUGAAGCCUGCUGUAAGCCAAGAGGGUUAGGGGGAGUGAGAUUUUUGCUGUAAAAAACCCUCAGUGGCAGAGGAUAAGGUCAAAUCUCAUUAUGUCAGCACUGCAGUAUUUUUCUUUUGCACUGCCAGUCAUUGAAGAGGAAAAUAUAUGCCUAGAUCUAGAGAACCGGGACCUCAAGAGAGGUCCCUCCAUUGUAUUCAGUACAACAGCUGAUUCUUCCUAAUGUCACACUCCAGUACUUUUACUAUUCUACUCCAGUAGCAUGUGGAUGAAAGAAUCAUGUGGAUAGAGCAGUGGUCCCCAAACUGUUCCCUUUAAGAGAGUUUUAGCUCCCAGAAUCCCAGACUAUUGUCCAACAUGGCCAAGGCUUCUGGAAGCUGAAGUCCAAAAUCUCUUAAAGGUCACAGUUUUGAGGACCACUGGGGUAGAUCCAGUGGCACAGAGCGUAAAGUAACACCCACAGGCGUAAGAAGUAAUUAUUGCUGAGGACAACUAGCGAAUGUGGCCUCAGACAGUCCUCAUCCUGCUUCUGGGUUUUACAUUGGCCACUAUUUCAGAAGAUGUGCACACAGCCCUUACUCCCUCCAGAUCGAUUCCCAUGCACUGCCCUUUGUCUAGCUGAAAAAUACAGAGAAUUUGUCUUUCUUUGAAGACUUUAGAACCAGAAUUUCACAUUUUAAAUAGAUCACAGUUUACCACUACCACAGCUCCCAUGCACUUUGUAACAUUAAUAAUUAUCCUUAAUUAAUCCUGCAUCCUUGCCAUUUUCAGUAGUGGAUAGAAAUUAUUAAUUGUCAUGAACUACCUUCACAUUUAAAAAUUACAUACAACCAAGCCUCAACAGGUGUCAGACCAGCAUACACACAUACUCACACACACAAGUUUCCCUAAAACUAAGGAUAUAUUUUCAGCAUAAAUAUAAAACUAAUUUAGAGCCAGGCUUCAUUACUCUGGGAACUGAAGAACCUGUGUUUCAGGCAGAUUCAUACACAACAGAAAACCAUGGUUUUCUAUUAUAUGCAAGUCUUACAUUUGUGUAUUCCCACUUUCCCUUUAUUUGCACUAGACAAUAGAAUUCAAACAUUUCAGCUUCAGUUUAAAACUAAUCGCAGUUCAUCAUAAAUUCAGGGUUGACUUAAACCAAAGGUGGAGAAAGUAUAGUCCACAGGUUCCAGGCAGCCAACUGCAGGUUAUUUUCUAGGGCUCCCAGAACAGCCCCGUCAAAAAACCCCACAAUUUCAUCCUCAAAUACCCCCAUAGCCUCUUUUGUUACAUUUAGGAAGCACCUUUUUUCAACAGGUAGUAACCAUUUAGAUUUACUUCCAGGUCCCUUCCUGUUGGAAAAAGGGCCCUCUCAAAUCUAAAAUGAUCAAGGAGGGGAUAUAAUGUGACAAAAUCCCUGCAUGCUAUCUAGGGGAAAUUUGGGGAGCAUUCAGGAGCAAAUAAUUAUAUAUCUCUCUCUCACAGAAGUUGAGUGCAGCGGGGGUGCAGCUUUCCAGUUUCCCCAGUCAGGAGCACAAUGUGGCCACCUAUCCCCUGAGAGUUGCCCAACCCUGGUUCAAAAUGUUGUUAAGUUCAAGCCAAGAGCAAACUGAUUACAAAUUUUGGCUUCUCGUCAAAUUGUAGUUCAGAUAAAACAGUACCCUGAUUUCAGGCUUGAUAAGGAACUGUGGCUUGUUGAAAAUCAAAAACAAAUAUAUACCUUGAAUGCAUGACCUCUGGAGGACCCCAGAGGUCCCAUCGGAUGCCAAUAGGGGCAUAGCUAGACACUUCUCUUCCCCCUACACUGUGAGGCACUAAAUGGCCAUGGAGGAUCUCAAAGGCAAGAAGUGAAUCCUGCAGAUAGGAAGCAGAGACAGAGGAGAACAUUAUGCUUCAUCUUCCCAUAUGUUGGACAUAAUGAGAUUACUGCUAACAACAGCUAACUAUACUCAGGAGCAUCAAAAUACAAACUCAUGCAGGAACAUGUCACUGAUCACAUGUCAGGAGAGCAGUACAUUUGCUCUGUGUUUUAGUUUAAAUGUUCAAAUUAUACAAGGUACUAAGCCUAUUUGGAAGGUAGCAUCCUGCUCAUUUAUAUCAGAGCCACCAACCAUCACUGAGACACUCCUCUUUUGCUUUAUGCUCAUACUUUGUGUUCUUAUUGGAUGUGGAAUAGAUAGUAAGGAGUAACUCUUAGCUUCCAAAUUCAAAAAUUUCUAGUCUUUCCCUCUUGUUCUUAAAAGGGAACUUUCCCCUCGCAUUCACAGUCCUGCAUGAUAUUCACAUGAGGAAGAGCUAAAAGGCCACUCUCCAUUAAAAACAACAACAGCAACAAUAACAACUAUACAUUAACUUGACAUUAACAUUUACAGAAUAAGCUGCAAGCAGUUAACAUUGGGAUGCAACUAUUGACUUUGGCUAUUUAUGUCUCACUGUACAAAACUGGACUUUAUGUUUGUUUUUUUCUAAAAUUCCAUGCACUUCCGAUUGCAAUCAAUAUAUAUAUAUAUAUAUCCCCAAGGGCUACACUGCAAUGCAAAAUGCCUGUUUUAUUAUGUGUGUUUUUCUGCAUAUAUGGGGCAGAUAAAUAGUGUACACCCUUUUUCAUUUUAACAACGGUGAACGUUUAUGGCAUGCUUACCCACGUCAUUUAAGUACAAAUGUACAGCCCCUUAUUAUCAUGGAAAAUGAAUGGCGGUCAUCAAAGUUGUCCUUUGUCAUCGCUUUAACUAAGCUAACUCUUAUUUUCACUAACAAGCGAACUACAACUGUUAGAAGACCUUCUUUGGAGGGAAUUUAUAUUUUUAACACAAAAAAAAUUGUGUGUGUGUUCACGUGUGCGUGUGUUCAUGUGAGUGUGGGUUUUAUAAAGAAAAGCCUUUUAGUUAGACUCUGCUUUUUAGCCAACAAUACUUUUUUCUACAAAAAAAAAAAAAAAGGAAAAAAAGUAUAUAAUGGAUUUAUGGAAAUUCAUGAGGACCAAAGUGAAAUUUAAAACAAAACAGGAAUUAAUGUAGGUGUUCACAUAGAAUUUUAUAAAGUAUUUAUUACUAAAUGUUAUUUUUAACAUUCCAUUUAGGCAGCAUUCUUAUAUAGAAUCUGUUUGUAUUUUUCUUAGUUAUACUGGAGUUAAUCUACCCAGCAAUGGGCUGCUGUACAACUUUAUUUGUGAGCUUUAACCUCACGUAAGUGUCACUGAAACAAAAACAGAAGUUGGCAGUUGUAUGUCUGGGUGGAUUGCCCCAUAGUUUUGCAAUGCACAACUCUC